UUGCAUCAUGGCGCCAUGACGCCUUCUGGCCUUUGUGCUAUGACUUCCACCAUGAGUCGCCGUGUUCAAGGCUUGGCGCAUAUGGCUCGCGUGUGGGGAAGAUGCUUGACCAUAGUGACGCCUGGAACACCUCGAAACACUGCGACUCUAUCAACCCUCGCUCCGACACAUGCAACGCGUGCUAGAAUAGACCACAAAUCACAACUACCGUCCUCCUCUCGCCUGCAAACCCAUCUGCACUGUAUUCCUGCCGGGGCCCCUUGGACUUCUCCGCCUAGACGACUUGUGACGUAGAUUGCUACCGUCCCAGAGACAUGCAGCCUUCUCCGACCUGACCGCAAACUAUGGCCGUCGAUGACUCCCUGAGCAGAGAUACGGAUACCUUUGUGUUGGCUCAGAAGGCUUACUACCCUACCAAGAUCCCUAUCGCACACUAUCAAUUGCGCCAUUUCAUCUCCUGCCCUGAACCCGAUCUCCUCUACUAUGCAAGCGGCGCGGCCGUCUACUGCCUCAAUGCGGCCACACGAACCCAGGCACAUGUCACCACAUUGCCCUGGGAAGCGCGCUGCACUGCUUCCGGCUACGGCUAUGUCUGCGUGGGUGGAGAGGAACAUGGCAACUUCGCCGCCAUCCAGGUGACCGGCUUUCCUCCGACAGACCCGUCCCGUGGCGACGCCUCGUUGCCCCUGGACUUCGAGCACCGCCUGCCUCGACCGCCCCUACUAGGCGCUGCAUCGCGCGUACGUCUCGAGAAGAUCGGAACCGAUAUCGUCAACUCCAUAUCCAUACACAAACUGCCGGGUGAAAGCGAGGGUCAGCAUGACAUCGUCGCAGUUCUUACCAACAAUGACAAGACGGUGCGCGUCUAUUCGUUGACUCAAAAUCUGGAGUUGGCGGUGCUUGAUUUGCCCUUUGCAAUGAACCACGCUGCCAUCUCGCCCGAUGGCCAAAUGUUGGUAGCUGUCGGCGAUGCCCCUAUUGGCUACUUCUUCGAGCGCACAAAGUCACCUAAGCCUGGUAAUAAGGCACCUGAGGGGCAUAUACAAUCAACACCUCCAGCAUGGGAAUUACUGAAGCAAGUGACUCUCUACCGCCCCGCACAUUCGCAUGCAGACGGCUACUUCACUACAGCUUGGUCACCAUCAGGAAGCCUCUGUGCUGUUGGCUCAGAAUGCGGAUACAUUACUGUUUUUGACGUCCAGUUGCUGAAGCUUGUCGAGUAUGGUGAAGAUGCAAUUCUACAGAUGAUAAGUUCCACGAGACCAGACAGCCGAACCGGGCCCGGCGCGGUACGGACGAUGCACUUUUCACCGGCACCAUGGGAUUUCCUCGUUUGGAGCGAAGACCAAGGUAGAGUGUGCAUCGCGGACUUGCGAGCUGGUCUCAAGGUCAAACAAAUCUUGAACCUGGAUCCAAAAGAAGAAGGUCUCGAGACCGUCGAAAUAGCCGACUUUGAUCUCAGUCUUAGCCCAGAAAUGCACGAGCUUCGCAGAGAAGCAGAUUUCAUCCGAGGAUAUCGACGUGCUUUGGAUUCGGAAGGGAACACAGCUGCUAUGAAUGCUGCGAAUGAGUAUUUCCAAGCGGACUCAGAGCGGCAGAGACUUCACCGGCGGCUGGGUGUCGUAGAGUCGGACAACGAUCCACUUGGCUUAACGGCACGCGAAAGACAGGUGCUUAGUGCUUUACGGACCAGUCAUAGACAGCGUGAAGAGAUCCAGGAGGCCCGUGGGCAGGGGAUAACGCCCCGGAGUAUCAACUAUACAACUUCUGAGCAACUCAACACUGUACCGGAGCCCACUGCCCGAGAGGUCGCUGACGCUAUGGCUCGUUUCAUGGCAGAGAGGACUGGGCAGGCGCACUCACGCAACUGGCUCCAAGAGCGCACAACUCCUCAUCGGCGGACUUCAGUCAUUGUUUCAAUAAACGAAGGCACAGUCAAUGCACCUGCUACCCUCACCAAUAUUACUGACACUGCUCUCACGCGUUCGCCAAACACGGUGCCUGCACACGCGCGUCGCGUGAGCAACGAGAUAGUAGCCUCGACAGAUGAAGCAUGGCGUACUGUUGAAGAGGCACUUAGUGCUGAACAACAACGCGCUACGACUCGUGGCACUACUGCACAUGCGGCUGCCACUGACAGCAAUCCCACUGCACCCGAACUCCGCAGCGAGCUUCGUCGUAUCCGUCAAUUGACGCAGGCGCGUGAGCGGCUCCGCAUCACGCGUGCUGGCCAGCCCAUCCUUGAAUCCUAUGAAUUCAGUCUGGGCCUGCGCGGGUCAAGCCGCACGACGCACGAUUCCAGACUAGGCGUACGGACGGCGGGACUGGCCAUGAGCCAGGAUGGACGCACUCUGUAUUGUGCAACGGAGGAAGGCAUUUUCGAAUUCAAGAUGAACCUUCAUAUCAGGAAGUCGUUUCCUGCUGUCAAUCCCCGAUGAUGGACUCUUUCCGGCGUUACAUUGGCUCCAGAAUGGCUUUUUUACUGCGUUCUUGUUUAACGUUCCUGCAUUUCUCAAGGCACUUCCGGGACGGUAUGGCAUUUGGUUCGGCGAAUAGGUUCAGGCGCACAGCGUACUUGAUGGGAAGGAAGGUAAUUUUUUUCUGUAAUGUCAAUUUUGUCCAAGUAGGUAUACCCGCAUAUCAAAUAGUCACGAGCAUCCUGGUAUUUUGG